AUGAUUACGCCUACCAUGAUUACUGUGGAAUCCCUCCCCCAACUUCUUGCCGAUGACAUCAAGGUCAAGGUCGCCGGCAUUGACAGCGAUGGCGUACUACGCGGCAAGGUGAUGGCCAAAGAGAAGUUCCUUGGGAUUGCGGAAAAGGGUUUUGGUUUCAGUUCAGCCCUCUUUGGCUGGGAUAUGCACGAUAUGCUAUGGACAACCAAUGCACGAGUUGCGCCUCCAGAGUCAGGAUACGCUGAUUUCCUGGCUAUCCCGGACCUCAAUUCUUUCCGUCGCCUGCCGUGGGAAGAGAAUAUCCCAUUCUUCCUUGUGAGGUUCCUCGAUGACACAACCCCAGUUUCAGCGGACGGGAGAAGCCUGUUAAAGAGCCUAUGCGAUAACCUUGCGGGAGAGGGAAUCCACGCAUUGGCUGGAGUGGAACUCGAGUUCAUGAACUUCCAAACCCCCUCCGAAGACGGAUAUGGCAGUGCAGGCUCCCAACACCCUAACCUGGCCACUUUCCUGGAAAAGAACUCCCCCGGUGCUCUUCGACCCAUUACUGCCGGCAUGUUCUGCUACAGCUCAACACGGCCUGUCGCCAACAAGAAAUACUUCUAUGAUAUCUUCAACACCGCUGCUCAAAUCAAUUGCGGCAUUGAGGGGUGGCACACUGAGGGCGGGCCCGGUGUGUAUGAGGCAGCUCUCAAGGUUUGCGAGAUCAGUGAGAUGGCCGAUAAGGUCGCUAUGUUCAAGCUCCUGACGAAAUCACUGGGAAUGGAUCACGGUGUCACUCCAUGCUUCAUGGCCAAGCCCAUGCAGGGCAUGCCUGGAAGCUCCGGACAUAUCCACAUUUCACUCGCCGACAAGGAUGGCAAGAAUCUCUUCGCACGAGAGACACCCGAGGCAAACCCUCAGUGGUCAGACAUUGCACACCUCUCCGACACCGGGCGACACUUCCUUGCUGGUCUCUUAGAAGCGCUUCCUGAUAUCAUGCCUCUGUUUGCACCUACAGUCAACUCUUAUAAGCGCCUAGUUGAGAACUACUGGGCACCAGUGCAUAUCAGCUGGGGACUUGAGGACCGGAUUGCCUCAAUUCGUCUGAUCACACCACCAGUCUGCAAGCCCGGUGCGACUCGCUUCGAAGUCCGUAUCCCUGGAGCUGAUCUCCAUCCCCAUUACGCUUUGAGUGUCAUCCUUGCAGCUGGCUGGAGGGGUGUGCAAAAGAAGCUUGAGAUUAAGGUGCCACCCAUGUCAGCGCGCAAAUCUGGUGAGCGGCCCGAGCUGCUGCCUAAUACUCUCGAAAAAGCUCUGGAUCGAUUUGUCGCCCCCAAUAGCAUUGCCCGCGAGAUUCUAAGUGGGGAGUUUGUGGAUUUCUUCACUGCGACAAGACAGCAUGAGUUGGGCCUUUGGAGGGAGGCUGUCACGGACUGGGAGGUCAAGCGGUACAUCGAAAUUGUGUAA